AAAAAAAAAAGAAAAAAAAAAAGGAAAAAAAGGAAAAAAAAAGAAAAAAGGAAAAAAGGAAAAAAGGAAAAAAGGAAAAGAAAAAAGAAAAGGAAAAAGAAAAAAGAAAAAAGGGGGGGAAAGAGGAAAAAAGGAAGAAAAAAGAGGGGGAAAAAAAAAGAAGAAAAAAAAGAGGAAAAAAAGAAGGAACAAAAUCCCCCUCCCCAAAUUUUCUUCCCCCCCUUUUUUUAAUUUUUUUUUCUUUUUUUCCUCCCCUCCUCCGCCAUGAGUUCUUACGUCGCCAACUCGUUUUAUAAGCAAAGUCCCCCCGUUCCUGCCUAUGCCAUGCAAAGUUAUGGAAAUUAUGGAAGUGUGCCUGAGGUUCAGCCACCCAGGUACCGCUACAGUGGCUUGGAUCUAAGCAUCACACUCCCCUCCUCCGGGGCUGCCACCUCCCUGAGCGGCUUGGACAUGUCUGCGACCCCCCGAGCUAACCCCGAGCGACCUUCCUGCACGGUCAUGGGUUCUUCAGGGCAUCCUUUAGCCAGAGACGAUCCAGCAUCCCUAAAUCCCGGGAUUUACAGUCAGAAGAGUGCUAACCCGGCGCUGGAGGAGAGAUCUAAGAGCUCGGGUGAAAUCAAAGCCGAGCCCGUGCAAACAGCCCAACAAGGAGGACCACAACUGCAGCAGCAACAACCUCCACAAAUUUACCCCUGGAUGACCAAACUACACAUGAGCCAUGAAACGGACGGUAAACGCUCCCGAACCAGCUACACCCGCUACCAAACUCUGGAACUAGAGAAAGAAUUUCAUUUUAACAGAUACCUGACCCGGCGGAGGCGCAUUGAGAUCGCCAACAACCUCUGCCUGAACGAGAGACAAAUCAAAAUCUGGUUUCAAAACCGGAGGAUGAAGUGGAAGAAAGAUUCCAAGUUGAAAAGCAAAGAGGCUCUUUAGGUGGGAUUGCAAGAGAUGGGGGCGGGGGUCCCCCCUGCUUUUGUUUGGUUUGGGGGUUUUUUGGGGUUUGUUUUUUCUUUCUUUUCCAUCACUUCUGGUGGAAGGUACCUUGAGGAAACUUUGAUUUUGGGGUGGGGAGGGAGGGAGCUGCUGGAUGGACUCUGGUCCGUACCCUCACGAAUCCCUCAGACAAAGGAGAGCUCUUAUUAGUAUGCAAAAAAAAAAAAAAAAAAGGAGAAAAAAGAGAAAAAAAAAAGCCCAACCAACCCCGCUGUUAGCUUCAUGCAAAAAUUUAGUGUAUCGCUCUUUAGGUUGUUACUAAGUGUCCUAACCUGUGCGCUCUUUGGGGGGAAAAUACCGAGGAAAAAGGGAAAACAACCACCGAAAAGGCUUAACCCCCAAACCCGCAGGGCGGCUGGUGUCCGCGCGGCUCCAAACCCCGCAAUAUUCGUGCGGGAGAUGAACCAAGAGCUGGUGAAGAAGGGGGGAAAAACCCAACCAAAAAUAAUAAUAAAAAAAGGGGGAAUAAACGGGGGGGAAACCCCCAAACCCAGUAAGUUUUGCCAAGUCCCAGCCUCGCUCUCUGCUCGCCCUGAUGGGAGAAGGGAUUUGCUGAUGGGCUUUGCUGGGAAUUGCCCGGGAAAGAUGCUCUGGCACCUCCAGUCGGGAAGGGAAAUAUCGCCCCUCCCUGGGGCUCGGACCCCCCUAAAAUCCACUUAUAAAACCCCGGAGAGGAGCCGGGGGUGGCUGGGGGGGUCCCUGGGGUGUGUUUGCGUGUUCUCGUUGGGGACUCGGAUGGCAUCAUUUUAUUAUUAUUUGCAUAUAAAAGAAAUGA